GUCGCGCGGGCGCAGUCCGUGGACGAGGAUUUCACGCCGAACAUCGAGGCGUCGUGCAAGGCGGGCUACAUGCAGAUCAACGUGUACGUCAACAACUUGGAAUACAGAGACGAGCAAGGAGAAGUACGUUCCCAUCGCCGUCAGGAUCCACGAGACGCUGGAGCUCGCCGACGACAAGUUCUACGUGAUCAAAUGCGGCCUCCAGGGCUUCUUCAACAGCAAGAACGAGACGAGUUUCGUGGGGCUGCAGCUCCUCGACCCGGAGCACAAGAAGACCAAGGAAGCUGUGUUCGACCGGAAGUACAUCCUCAGGGCAGACAUGUCCAGGCCCGACACGGCGCAUUCCAUGAGGGUGAAGAACUGCUUCAGCUUCGGCGAGCCCAACUACACGGCGCCGCUCACGGACGGCCGCGGGUGUCCCGUCGGCAGCCUGAUCAGCCCCUUCGUGUACAACGAGACCUCGGGCACCGCGGAGGCCGUUCUGCGCAUGUUCAAGUUUCCCGCGUCCAACAGGGUGCAUUUCCAGUGCGAUGUUCUCAUUUGCAAAGGCCCCUGCAAGAACGAGCGGUGCGUCGGGCAGCCUGAGCGCCUGACGGAGGUCCAAGGCCGAGCUCUGCCCGACUCGAGCGUGAACAGCGUCGAGGAGAAGUCGGGGAUGGUGCAGGCCACCACCACCGUCUACGUGGUCGAGCCGUCCUCCGCAGGCCUGCAAACGUGCGAGUGGUACCCUCCGUGGCUGUGGAUCCUGUGCAUCGUGCUGGCCGUGCUCUUCAUCAUCAUGAUGAUCAUCAACAUCUUCCUUUGCUCCGCCAUGACCUGCUCGUGCACCAAGACGGAGGUCAUCGAGAAGGAACCGUCCAUCAUCGAGGAGUACGACCCCUACAGGUCGUGGCACGGCUCGCAGUACGGCUCCAGGUACUCCCUGAACGGCAAGGGCUACACCUCCGGCGCCUCCACCAUGAACUCCGCUCGCUCCGUCUCGUCCCACAGCGACCACUACGCCAUCGUCCACUCCCGCCCCAACUCCCGCUACUCCGGCCACCACUCCCUCAAGCACGACAAGCACCACCACCACCAUCGCGGGCCGCCCUCGACGACCGGCAGUCACUACUCCGGGAAGUACUGAGGCCGAGGGGCGGAUGGCGCCGUCGGCCUCAUGUCUGUCUGUCGGUCUGUCUGUCGGUCUGUCUGUGGAGUCAGUUAUUUCGACGGAGGAGUGGGCUGGAUUUUUUUUUUUUUUUAUUCGUUGAGAGAGAUUUAGGAUUUUUAUCUUCUUUUCCUUUGUCAUUAUUUUAGUCGAUGAUGGGAAUAAGAAAAUGAUUUAUUGUCUUUAAAAAAAAAAAUCAACCUUCUCUUCCACGCCCGCCUCCUACGAAGAAGAAAAAGAAAAA